AUGGCUACGUUUCCAUUCAUGUUUAAUUCAAGAAUGAGCAUAAUUCAUGAAAGGGUAGUCGACAAAGUCAACUUAUUCUUUACAAAGUCUGGCGUCGAUAUUCACAGUAGUAAAGAAUUUAAUUCGAUAUCCGAUAUUUUCGAUGUUAAAGUUGACAUUGAUAAUACUAUCAUCAGUGUAUGGUUUUGGAUGUAUCAAUAUUUCGAACAGAACCAUCAUACAUUCAUAUGCUUUUAUGACUAUCACGAAUUAUCCGAAACUUUGACCCUCAAUGAUGCAUGGGAAAAUCUGAUGAAAACGCACCCUGGCUUGGAUUUCGAUGACGGCUUAAUACUGUUAGUUGUAAUCAAGGAUGACGGCCAGAAUAAAGAAAUCAAGUUAAUGCCACAAUUGCAGAAACCAAAUUUUAGAUGUGUUGAAUGGAGUGCUAAUUCAAGUGAGCAAGAUACUAGAAGGAUACUUGAGGAUUUCGUAAGAAUGGUAGUAAUAAAGGAAUACUACCACACAGUUCAUCAAUUACAUGAAAAGGGCUGUGUCAACCAAGACGAAGAUCGACAAUUUAUUUCUGAAGAUGUUUCUACUAAAGCAAAUAGUUGGUCGAUGGAUUUUGGAUCGUUAUUUUCAAUGGUGAUAGUACGAUAUUUCGACUUGUACAGGAUAGUCCUCUGCUACUGUUUUUAUUCAUUUUCGAAAGGGCUUAAUUCUUUCAGAAUAUUUUGGAAAUGUCCUUCCGAAUGGUCUCAUUUGAAGUACAAAUCAGGUAGAAACACGCCGGAUAACAAACUGUGUUAUUUUGAAUGGAUUGAUCAUACCUGGAAAUUGCCAGUUUCAUCACCCAAUAAUCUAGUAUCGAUCUUUGUUUACGGAAAUAUUUCUGACUCGAUGAUUCAAUCUUUAGAAUCUCAGCAAUCUCGGGAAGCUGAAAUUUUUGGAAGAAGUUUACUGAUCGAUUAUUGCCGAGAAUUGGAUUUAUAUUUGAUAAUAUCGCGGUUGAAGUCACUUCAUCACUUAGUAAUUUUCAAUUCAUUUGUGCAUUUCGAAAGCCUGGUUUUUCCUACUCAGUUAUGCGAAACAUUGAAACACUUAGUGCUGACGAGGUGCGGCCUAACUGAAGUCCCUCAUGCUGUAGGCAGUCUCAUUCAAUUGACCCUUCUCGAUGUUUCUCUUAAUCAUAACAUUCAUUUCCUACCUGUGUGCCUUGGAAACCUCAGAGAGCUUCGUACAUUAUUGUAUGAAGAUUGUCCUAUUAAAUCCCCACCAAAGAAUGUGCUCAGGCGAUCUGCUCGAGAAGUCGUUCUUUAUCUUCGAGCCUUUCAAGUUGACAAGGAAAUAGUUCCUUACAAUCAAGCAAAGCUUAUUGUAGCUGGUCAGGAAGGCGUCGGGAAAAGCACUCUUAUCAAAGGAAUGGACCGCAAUAUCUGGGCUAUAUCUGAUGUCAAGCCACCUGAAAAAACUGAUGGAGUUGAAAUCAAAACUCUUCAGCUUGAAGGAACUCGAUUUCUGGUUUAUGACUUGGCCGGAGAUGUGGAGUACCACAACACUCAUCCCUUGUUCUUGUCAUCGGAAUGCCUCUAUUUGGUUGUUUUUGACAUGAGCCAAAUCCAUGUAGGUAAAGGGGCUCGAUCGGUUGAUCAGCUCUGCAGACUAGAACUCUGGCUUCAGAUGAUUGCUUCCCAGCAGACUAAGUCGUAUGUCAUUAUCGUUGGCACACAUGCAGAUCAUGAAAGAAUCACCGCUGAAAUUCUCAAAAGCGUCCGAAGGCAGAUUGUAGAUCUAAUGGAGAAGUAUCGAAGUGCACACAAGGAGUACUUUGACAGGUGCAUUCUAUGUAAUGAGAAGCUGUUGCCAGAAGAGCUUCAAGAAGUAAACGGAGGUGUAACAAUGGACGAUGCUGCAGCAUCUGAGAGUAUUAUUCCUCAUGUCCUUGGAUACUUUGAGGUCAGCAGCAUAAAGAAAUACCCACCUGCUAUUGGUUUUACCAAUAAAAAUCUACAAUCGUUGAAAUCAGCAAUUUCAUCGUCUAAUCGCCAGAUAAAUGAAGCAGAAUUUGGAAUUCCAAAAUUAUGGCGAUUCUUUUACGAGAAGAUGUUAGAAAAUAAAUUGACGCCGACUGUGAAAUUUUCAGAAAUUUGCAGUCUUGCUAGAGAAAGUGAAGUUCCAUCAGACAUGAUAGAGUCCAUGCUAAGGUUUUUCCAUUCUCAAGGAAACUUCGUUUGGUAUGAAGACAUUCCAGAAAUGAGAGAGGUAGUUAUCACUGAUCCCAACUGGUUGUCCGACAAGCUACGGACACUCAUCUCCUAUCGGCCUUCUGUAAAUGCUGUCUGCGAUGGAAUUCUCCACUCUCCAUCUUUGUCUGAAGUCUGGCCUGAAAUGACAGAGGAAAAUCGUCAACAACUCCUUGCUCUCUUUAGAAGCGUUGGCUUGUGUUUCAGCAUUUCUGACGAAAAGGAGCUGUUUCCUUGCAAUUUGCCCAUCGGUUGGCCAGAUAAGCGAAAGUGGCACUCUCUUCCCAAAGAAGGGGAAAGUCAAACGAGUCUUCUGUUCAAUUUUACUUUCCUUCCUCCAACUUUCUUUCCUAAAUUAAUUAUUGAGGUGAACAAGAAGCGAGCUUCAUUUCCAGCCAACGCCGAUCCACUCUACUAUCGUUUCCACAUAUAUUACGACACAUUGAAGAAUGAUAAAUGCGACAUCCACAGCAACGAAUCAAAAGAAGAUGCGAAAUCCAACACCAAUCAUCAUAAAGUUCACUACGAGAUAAUGCCCCACAAAAAUUCCAUGAAGGUCUCCAUUCGUGGACCGUCUCCCUGUUGCAUUGUUUCUGAUGUUUGUUCCACUAUCAAAGGUGUCCAUUCUUCUUCUUAUCCUGGUGUUGCGUUCCAUACACAUUUAAUUUGCCCAUUAUGUGAGAUGGAAAAGGAAAACGAUCCAGGGCUAUUUUCCUUAACGUCAACGGAGGACGGAAACUUAUUCUGCCUGACAUGUCGGGAAUAUUUGGGGAGUAUCGACGACACUAAACGUGGAAAGUACAAAGUACCUCAAAAUAAGAACCAAGUAGAAGAUUUUGGAAAAAUUAUGGAAGACUAUCACUGCCCCAAACUGUUCGUGGUUCUUCCCAUCAACAUCAAAUGUUCGUCUUUGAAGGAUCGUUUUGUCUAUUCCUAUCUCAAAGAUGGUUAUGCCGUGCAUCUGCUAUGUGAAUGUCCAGAUCAAUGGCACUUUGUCAACUCUCCUGGAUUUCGUAUUGCUAAACCCAAAGAGUUCCUGGAGAAGUAUGGCAAACACUUGUGUACUGUAAUGAAAGCCAUUGGCAAACUCGGUACACCGCUUCGUGCUGCUGCAGCUGCUGAACCCCUCUGCAAAACUGGAGCAGCAGUUGCCUCGGGUGCUUCGUCGAUUGCUAAAGAACUUGAAGGUUUUCUAUUCAACGCUUUUGAAAAAUAUCCACAACUGAAUCCAGCAUCUUAUCGAGACCUCGAAGACCUUAGGAUGCCUAAAGGCCUUCAACGAAGUGAACUUGCUAAGUUCUUGGAAACUGUUGUAAAUGGACGAGAGUUUGGUCCUUUGAUGUUCACUUAUGUCGACAAGUCUGGUGAGUGGUUAUGGCUGUGUGAAGAGCACAACAGACGGUUUACAGUCGUCAACAAAUAACAAUGUCUUGUACAGUGAAGCUAUGAGGGCAGUGAAGAGCGAGAGAAUCAUAUGCAAGGAAUUUACAGUCAAUGAUCAAAAAUCGACCAUUUUUGGGCAUUUUG